AGUAUGAGUUUGCUGUACGAAAGCGUAUUACAGGUCCUUUCGGUCAUAGUGUGUACAUUGUUGCCUCAUUUUGGCCCUUGUCAAAGUUAUCUCGUACGUUGCCCUUUAGCGCAUAGUAGUUUUUUUUUAGUCAAUCUUCCUAACGAUUCGCGUGUGCCCUUGUACAUAAUAUAGAUAAAUUGCCCUCCAUUUCGCAUGUACAUAUAUUCAAUUGCCUUGUGAUUGGCCAUACCUUAGUGCGCAUAGUAUAUAUCGUGCUGUAUAAUUCAACACAAUAUACAAUAAAAAAUUUAAAAAAAGUUUGUACGAGUGUUCACCAAUUCAUAUCUGCAUGUCUAUUAUAUUUGUUACCACCUGCUCAAAGUGUACCGUUAGAACUGCAAGUCUUCAAUAAUCGAUAAAUUUGGUUUUAAAAGAAAUGUCGGUGGAUUUGAAGUUUGAAAAUAAAAAAUUUUCCGUAAAUAUUGUAUGGUUACGCGACAGCUGCAGGUGUCCAAAAUGUUACAACUCAUUAUAUUCUAGUCGAAUAACAACAAUCGAUAAUUUCCUAACAACUACAAAAAUCAAAAUUUUAAGCUAUAAAGAAGACAAAAAUACAGUUAUAGUCGAAUGGUCUGAUGGACAUAAUUCGACCUAUGAUAUUAAAUGGAUUUAUGAUAUAUGGACACCGAACAAUCAAUCUAAUAUCUUGCCACAUUAUUGUUUUGGUAAAGAACUCGGAAGUUUACCUCCAAAAAUAUCUGUUGACCGUGUAAAUCAAACAGAAGGUCAACAUGAGUUAGUAGAAUCUAUUCUCAAAUACGGUGUAGGAAUUAUAAUCAAUGUUCAGCCAACGGUUGAGGCUACAGAAAAAGUAGUACGCUGUUUAGCAAGUCCUCAAUCAACACUUUUUGGAACAGCAAUGUGGACAGUCGGAAACAAAGAAGGACACGAAGAUCCCGCAUAUUUAAGUGGUCCACUGGUUGUUCAUACUGAUAGCACAUAUUUCAGUGAGAGUACUGGACUCCAAAUUUUUCAUAUGUUAGAAAGAGAUAGUAAUGGUACAGGUGGUGAGAGUACAUAUGUUGAUGGUUUUAAAGCAGCAGAAAUAUUGAAACAAGAAAACCCAACACACUUUAAAAAUUUGACAGAAAUUGAAAUAGAAUCAGAAUACAUUGAGCCAGGUGCGCAUUAUAAAUGUACCGGACCGGUUAUUAAAGUUAAUAAGACAACUGGUGAGAUAUAUCAAAUCAGAUUUAACAUUUAUGAUCGGAGCCCAAAACCACCAACACGAAGUCAAGAGUUUUAUGAGAGUUACGCACACUUUGUUGAAAUCUUAAAACGAAAGGACUUGUACUGGAAACAAACUUUACUUUCUGGAACAAUCAUAUUUGUCAAUAAUUGGAGAGUAUUUCAUGGUCGAACAGAAUUUACUGGUAGACGAUAUUUUUGUGGAUGUUAUGUAUCUAUGAGUGACUUUUUAAGCAAAGCAAGAAUACUUGGACUCAAAUCUUGAAAAUUUCCGUUUUUUUUUAUCAAAAUUAUUUUUGUUACUUAUAAACUAUUAAAAACAAAUAAUUAUGACAUAAUUGUUUUAUUU